GCCACAACCAUCAUCGUCCGCGAAAACAAUGACAUCAUAGCUUCCCUAUCAAGAUCUAUAUCAAUGUCGUCAAACCGACCCUCAACUCUUCAGACCACUCGGACUACUUUUACACAUCAAAAUUCCAAGGAGAACCAUUCUAUUUUGACAUAAACAAUCAAUAAAAAAUACUACCUCCGAUAACAAACCACACCUUCAUACAUCCAACUUUCACAACUCCAACUCACCACCAAAAUGCCAAUCAACACCUCCUCCCAAGACACCGGCGUAACGGGCGCCGCCAAAUUCGUCACCUCAACUCUGGGAAAUACAGUUGGGGGCGUGACUCGCACCGUUGGCGGCGUCACUGGAGCUGCGACGCGCGGUGUGGGCGACACUAUUACCAGUGCUUCUGGGAGUGCGGGAAAGCCCGUUGGAGAUGCGAUCGGUAGUGCCGGGACCGGGGUUGAGGAUGGGGCUAAGAGGGUUGCGAGGGGUGUGGAAGAUGCUGGGCAGUGGAGGUGAAUGGGCGAAGGUCAAGCUGAAGAUGGUGGCAGGACCGUGAAGGCACAUUGGGAUUUGGUUUGAAUUUGUAUAUAGUUCGAUGUUCUUGGGCGGUAGCUGAUAUUGACACGAAGAGGUUGGCAUGCCAAUGCUAUAAUUUUUUUUGUGACGCGGGAGCCAUAUGUGGAUAACAGAGAGGAUUAGGAUACCUUCAAUAAUAACCCCCCUUGAAUGACUACAAUCUCCUUGCAUAGGAGAUGAUGGCUCCAUGUACUAUCAAAUCAAUGAUUAUGAGGCUGGAGUUGGUCCUUAGUACAUUGCGG